GCUGGGCUGCUUUCCGGCGGGCACUGAGGGACCGCUUUCCUGCGGCGCCCGGCGAGUUGCGGGAGCAAAUCCUGACGCUCGCGUGUCGACUUCCUCGAGCCGGAGUCUGUGGCCAAGACACCAGUCCAAAACGCGGGUGAGCCUGUGGGGACCUCCGCCAGUUGCGGGGCCGCUCCGAGCAGCUCUCGCCUCGUCCCACUUUUCCGCUUAGACGUCGCGCGGCCGGGCAGCGGGUCUAGGCCUCAGCCGGCGCCCCGGGCCUCCGGGGCCCUCCCGGGCUCAGGAUGCCCGGGGUGAAGCUGACCACCCAGGCCUACUGCAAGAUGGUGCUUCAUGGAGCCAAGUAUCCCCACUGUGCCGUCAAUGGACUGCUGGUGGCCGAGAAGCAGAAGCCGCGCAAGGAGCACCUGCCCCUGAGCGGCCCCGGCGCCCACCACACUCUCUUCGUGGACUGUAUUCCACUGUUCCACGGCACCCUGGCCCUCGCUCCCAUGCUGGAGGUGGCUCUUACCCUGAUUGAUUCAUGGUGCAAAGAUAAUAGCUAUGUGAUUGCUGGUUAUUAUCAAGCUAAUGAACGAGUAAAGGAUGCCAGUCCAAACCAGGUUGCAGAAAAGGUAGCCUCCAGGAUUGCCGAGAGCUUCAGCGAUACCGCUCUCAUCAUGGUAGACAACACUAAGUUUACGAUGGACUGUGUGGUACCUACGAUCCAUGUGUACGAACACCAUGAAAACAAAUGGCGGUGCAGAGACCCACACUAUGAUUACUGUGAAGACUGGCCAGAGGCCCAGAGAAUCUCAGCGUCACUCCUGGAUAGCAGGUCCUAUGAAACACUCGUCGAUUUCGAUAACCACCUAGAUGACAUUCGGAAUGACUGGACAAAUCCAGAAAUCAACAAAGCUGUUCUGCAUCUGUGUUAGGGAGGGAUUUCAGUGACUAGUCUCUGGGCGUUUCCACUAGGCUGAAGAAGAAAAGCUAUUUUUAAAUGUAAAUAAAAUAUCUCAUGGCCUGUGUGGAAAACUGACAGUUUUCAGAAGUGGCGUGUGCCUUGAAAGAGGGCAGAAUGUCCCAUUAAGUCGUCUUUUUAAUGCAGAGUCUCUAGAAGAGGUACGGACUGUCCAAUCUGACCAUCCUGUGGAGUUCUUCCCAGUUGUAUGUUGCCAUAAUCCUCCCAAUCAGAGCUGUUUCUGCUUGUCCAAAAUCAUUCCUAUUAAACAGUUUUAACUAAUCUUUUAUAAUCUGGAAAAGAUACUUUUUAAGACUUAUGAAUUAUCUUUAAAAAAAAAAAAAAGGCCAUAUCUUAUACCUGAAUGAGAGUGUUUGUGAGUUUUCGUCCUGUUUGAGUUAAUGUUACGCAGUCCUGGGGUUGGGCAGGUGCGUAGUGUGCUGGUGCCCAGCCGGUGUCUGAGAACCUGUGUGUCGGUGUUCAUCGCUCGGGAGACGACAGCUCUGAACAGUACCGCCCCACAUGGUGUGGAGCUCACUGCUGCAGCUCUGCACAGUGGGAAUAAAGCCACUGUUGCCUGAGAAACCUUCAUCACUCAGAGUAAAAACAAACAUCGUUGGUAGUGGGAGUGCAGCCUAAUGCUUCUCAGUCAACCAGAAAGCUUGUAACCUGCAGAAUCAAAAGGAAACGUGGAACAAUACUAAGAUUAUUUUUAAAAGGCAAGAAUCAGACCUGACUCUAACUGGCAUGACUAUCUAAAUGAUUCUAAUUUAUUACUUCUUUUGUAUUUGAAGUAACAGGAACAAAACAAAACUUAGACUCCCCAAGUUUUACAGAGCUUGUCUGUAAUGUUUAUACAUAGAACUUACGGUUAAACUUUUUGACCCAAUCAUAGGAAGCUGAUGGGGAAAUUUGAUGGUACCAUUGCAUUUUUUUAUAU